UUCAUAAUACGCGAGUCAUCUCGCGAGUUGAUCGUGUUAGGUCUCCACGAGUAAAUUUAUGCUAAAAUAUAGUAAUUGUAAGCGGAAAAGCUAAGUUUCAAAAUGAAUAUUGUAUGAAAUAAGUUCUUUAUGAUUUUAUUUUUCUUUUCGACAGUGUAAUUAGGUAGAGACAGUGUAAUAGUGUUGCAAUCAUGCGUGAUAUUUUGUAAAAGUGUUUGUAUAUAAAUCAUUGGCAAUUAUAAAAAAAACAGUUUGUGUUUGUUUUGUUCGCUUGGAGUUAGUUGAUCGAUUGGCAAAAUGUUUUAACAGGUUUUUGGGCUCUGUUUUUAUUUAUUUACUAUUGAACUUUGUGCCAAAAGCUUGUGUUUGUAUAAACUAAAAAGUUAAAUAUAAUAUUAGUAUGCAUAGCCAGACAUACUUAAUUAUAUCGAUGUAUAGAAAAUAUCAAAAAAUUAUAUAUCCCGUAUCAUAUCAUAAGAAAAUUAAAUAAAGUCUAGGAUUCGAUUAACAUUUACGUUUGAAUAGCCACUUUCUUUAGAUAAAGUACAUAAUGGAUAAUUAAAUUCAAAAAUAUCAUAAGAAAUCGUGUUUGUUUAGCAAAAUUAAGACAAUGGUAAAGAUUGUAUUGGCACUCUGCGGUUUGUUAGCGGUAGCCGGGUCCGACAAUGGUCCGGGCAUGCCGCUAAUUAUGCCGCUGAUCACCGAAUAUCCUUGCAAAGAUGUCAACGACAUCACAGUGAUGCUGGACCCUGGUUUCUCGAUGGAUGAGAGGAACCGCUACUAUAUGGUGGUACACAAAGUCGUACCAGCGAACAGCACUGUGGAAGUAUCGUUCAGUGCUAAUGUUAACAUUGUUUUUACGGUCAGAACGACUAUUGCGAUUCGCAAGGGCAAAUAUAUCAAAAGUCAAAUCCAAGAAGGCGACAGCUUUACGAUCAGAUUCUCAGAAGAACUUAGGGGGUUCUCGUUCAAGGUGCAAGGCACAGCCCCACAGCUCAUCCCCUAUUUAACCAGCUUCUCUAUAGAUGACGUGCCAUACUGCAACUAUCCCGACUCGGGAUACCUCGAUGGCUAUCUGAAUAUACUCGUUCAACAUAACAAUAAUAAAACGAAGGAAGAAUUACAAAAUCAAUGCGGGAGACGCAAAGUAGGGUAUAGUCCGCACCCGCCAGUCAACGGGCCCACUCAGGUGGGCGACUGGCCCUGGCACGCCGCCGUGUACGAGGUAGGGCCCGUGCCCAACGGGACCUGCCACGUGUCGCAGAAGUACAUCUGUGGGGGAACCCUGAUCGCCAACAACUUUGUCUUGACAGUUGCUCAUUGUGUUGUGCUCAUCAAACAGUCUAAAACGUUGAAUGCGUUGGUGGGACUCGGAAAAUAUCAUUUGGAGCGAGGCGAUGAAAAUUCCGUGGAAAUGGACGUUGAAGAGAUCAUCAUCCACGAGAACUACCAGUUGUUGGCCUUCGAUGUGGCUCUGCUGAAGCUCAAGUCGCCGGUGGAGUUCACCGACUACAUCCAGCCCGCGUGUCUGUGGCGGACGGAGACGCUCUCAGCUGACGACGCUGUGACAGGCACUUUGGUGGGCUGGGGCACCACCAACGAGGAAGACCUGUCGCAGACGCUGCAGCAGGUCAACCUGCCGCUGGUGGCGCACGAGGUGUGCGUGCUGAGCAACUUGCGCGCCAUUGUACACCUGCACGAUGCCUUCUGCGCUGGGUACCAUAAUAAUGGAACCUCUCCAUGUACUGGUGACAGCGGGGGUGCAUUUCAGAUAUUUGUUCCACAUAUGGAACAGAAUGUUAGUGGGCACGUGACCGGCACAUGGCACGUGCGGGGGGUCCUGUCCAAGGGGCUGCGCAGCGACAACCCCUCGCCCGAGACCCCCGAUCAGAUGUGCGACGAGAACCAAUACGCGAUAUUCACCGACACGACCCCCUACAUUGACUGGAUACUUGAUAAAAUUAGUUAUUCGUAACACCAGUUAUUUUUCUCCAAAAUGCCGUCUUUUCAUUGGCUAUCCUAAACCUAUUGGCAAACCUAACCUAAACAUUAAAAAAACUAGUAUCAGAUUUAGAUUAUACCUUAUAAACAGAUUUGAAUAAUAAGUAAAUAAAUAUUCAUAUUGUUUUAACCGAUUUAAAAACAGAGGGUAUUUAAAAAAAGGAAUCCGUCGAAAGUUCUUUCUACUUCUUGGGCAAGUAGGGUAAAGUCUUAUGGACAUAAUUAUUAAUAAAUAUAUUAAUAAAUAUA